ACUUUCGCUGGAAGCAACAUCAUAAAAAGUCUUAUCAGCAAAGCACAUAUUUAGCUAGAAGAUAGUAUUCUGUAUGGCGGCACGAUAAACGUUUAUAUAAUACUUUUCGGGGCGACAAAACCUUCCCAAUCAAAUUUUUACUCCCAAAGUUUAUUCUGAUCCGCUUUGGGGAUCAGUUAAAAGUUCGGAAUAGUUGUGAAUUUAACAAAUUACAAUGAUUGUAUUAACAUUUUUUGUUGUUGCUGUGAUUUACUGCUUUGCGGUUCUUUAUCGGAGAAAGCAAUUUGUGGAUUUGAUGUUGAACAAAUUUCGGGCUCCGUCAACUGAUCCGCUUCUCGGGCACGUGGCCCGGAUUCCGCCUAAUUCGCCCGGCAUCUUUAAAACUUUUUUCGACAGUAAGGAAGGAUGGUUCAGAAAGUAUGGCAAGAAUAUCGCAUUAAUCCGACCACUCUAUGAUGUCCAGUUAUUUGUAUCUAAUCCGGCAGAUGUCGAAAAAAUCUUAGCAAAUCCUAAUUCAAAAACAGCACGGAAGGCGGAUUCGUACUUCGAUUUAGAAGCUUGGUUGGGUACUGGACUUCUUCUAGCAUGGGGAGAAAAAUGGUUUCAACGACGAAAAAUCAUCACACCCACAUUCCAUUUCAAUAUUUUGGAGCAAUUCACAGAAGUGAUGAGCAAACAAUCUGAUAUUUUGGUUCAGAAAUUGAAACCGAAAGUUAAUGCUGGUGACAUUGAUAUUUACCUCUAUACAACUCUCUUUGCACUUGAUGUGAUAUGUGAAACAUCUAUGGGUAUUCCGAUUGAUGCUCAGUCGAGUCCUGAUUCCGAAUAUGUGAAGGCUGUUAAAGAAAUUACGCUCAUCCUCCAAAGACGGUUUUUCAGUUUGGUCAGUCGUUGGCAAUUCCUAUAUGAUCUUACCCCAGACGGAAGACGUGAGAAGGAAUUGCUUAAAAUCCUUCACGGGUUCACAGACAGCGUUAUACUUCAGCGACGAGAACAACUACUUCAGAAAAAACCAACAGAUAAGGCAACCAAAAUGAAUUUCCUGGACAUGCUCCUCAAUUCAACAAUGAAUGGCAAGCCUCCAUCAAACUCCGAUAUUCGUGAGGAAGUCGAUACAUUCAUGUUUGAGGGACAUGAUACAACAACAUCCGGAAUAGCUUUUGCGCUAUAUCAACUAUCACAACACAAGGACAUUCAAGAUCGUUUAUAUGAAGAACUGGCGGACAUAUAUGGAGAUACAAAUCACAUGGAAAUUACAUACAAACAACUUGCAGAUUUACGUUACUUGGACAUGGUAGUUAAGGAAGCAUUACGAAUACGCCCUUCCGUUCCGCUUAUCGGAAGAAGACUAACAGAAGACACUGUUAUAGAUGGAGUCAACGUACCCAAUGGAACGAACAUCAUUAUUCCUAUCUAUGCAUUACACAACGAUCCCGAUAAUUUCCCGAAUCCUCAGAAAUUCGAUCCAGAUCGUUUUGAUCCUUCACAAACAGAGGGAAGACAUCCUUUUGCCUAUGUACCCUUUAGCGCCGGAGCGCGCAAUUGUAUUGGGCAAAAGUUUGCCCUGAUUGAAAUUAAACUAGUCAUAGCCAAGUUAAUUAUGCAUUAUGAACUCUUGCCUGCAACGGAACAAAAAUCGCCAAUCCUUCAGGGUGAUAUAGUUUUAAAAUCAGCAGAUGGUAUCUGCCUUAGAUUAGCCGAGCGUAAAAGAAAUAAAUAAAAGAUUCUACAAAUA